UCAUUGCCCAAUAGAGUUGUCUCUCUUGUGUACCACCAGCAGCUAUGGCGUCAUUCCUAGCACGAGCAGGUACUCUGCAAGUCUACAAGGUUUUAGGUACACCUUCCGUAACAUGCUUGCCUCUCAUUAAGGGGUCAAGAUGUAAGUUUUCAACAACAGCCAGUUGCGAUGUAAAGUUCUGCAAAACAGCACAGGAAGCCAUCAAGGAUAUACCAAAUGGUGCAAAGCUUCUAGUGGGAGGAUUUGGUCUCUGUGGCAUACCUGAAAAUCUUAUUGGCGCUCUUCUAGAAACCAAAGUGAAAGACCUGACUGUAGUCAGCAACAAUGCUGGUGUGGAUGAUUUUGGCCUGGGUAUGCUUCUCAAACAGCGACAGAUCAAACGCAUGAUUUCCUCUUAUGUAGGUGAGAAUGCAGAGUUUGAGCGUCAGUACCUGUCAGGCGAGCUUGAAGUUGAGCUUACACCUCAGGGAACCUUAGCUGAACGUAUCAGAGCAGGUGGGGCUGGAAUUCCGGCUUUCUUCACACCUACAGGCUAUGGAACCCUCAUACACGAAGGGGGAGCACCAGUGAAGUACAGUGCUGAUGGCAAUGUUGAAAUUGGCAGCAAAGCAAGAGAGAGCCGAAAAUUUGAAGGCAUGGACUUUAUCAUGGAGGAAGCAAUCACAGGGGACUUUGCACUUGUCAAGGCAUGGAAGGCAGACAAAGUGGGCAACCUCACUUUUCGAAAGACUGCUCGGAACUUCAAUCCACCAAUGUGCAAGGCAGCAGCGAUCACAAUAGCUGAAGUGGAAGAAAUUGUGGAAGUUGGUGAGAUCCCUCCUGAAGAUGUUCAUGUCCCGCAUAUCUACGUGCAACGUGUUAUCAGAGGGCCAAAAUAUGAGAAGAGGAUCGAGCGGUUGCGAGUUACAAAGGAAAAAUCUUGUGAUGAUUCUGUGGAUCCUGGAGCUCAAAUAAGAGAGCGGAUUAUCAAACGAGCAGCCGUGGAGUUUAAAAACGGCAUGUAUGUCAAUCUGGGCAUUGGCAUGCCUAUGCUGGCCAGCAAUUACAUCAGGCCAUGCAUCACAGUUCACUUGCAAAGUGAAAAUGGAAUUCUGGGACUGGGUCCGUUUCCUACGCCAAAAGAAGUUGAUCCUGAUCUGAUAAACGCUGGAAAGGAAACUGUUACUGCCAUGCCAGGGAGCUCGUAUUUCUCAAGUGAUGAGUCUUUUGCAAUGAUCAGAGGAGGCCAUAUUAAUUUGACCCUCUUAGGUGCAAUGCAGGUUUCACAAUAUGGUGAUUUGGCCAACUGGAUGAUACCAGGAAAAAUGGUGAAAGGAAUGGGCGGUGCCAUGGAUCUUGUCUCCAGCUGCUCGACCAAGGUCAUUGUGACCAUGGAACACACAGCCAAGGGAGGCAAGCAUAAGAUCCUUUCAGAGUGUGAUCUGCCCCUGACAGGCAAGAAUUGCGUGAACAUGAUCAUUACUGAGAAGGCUGUGUUUAACGUUGACAAGGAAGAAGGUCUGACCUUGACUGAGGUUGCAGAAGGUGUGGAGUUGGAGGAUGUUGUUGAGGCUACUGGGUGUGAGUUUAAGAUUUCACCGGAUCUGAAACCCAUGCAGCAAGUCGAUAUGUAAAGGGGAAAAUGCUGUUGGCUGAAUUGUGACGUAUGUGUUCCAAAGACAAAGUUUUUUAUCCAAGAUAUUUUUAUCAUGUGCAGCUGAUUUAUGAGCUUGAAUGAUUUCAUAAAAUUAUCACUCAUUUCAGAGGUAAUUGUGAUGUAUGUGAUAUGUGUGAACAUGUAUUAAACAUUAAGUGUGCCUUUAGAUCGCAAAGUAAUUAUUGAUAAAGUGUGAUGAUGUUAAAUGCAUGAUACUUUAAGGGUUGUGAACAUUGUUCAAGAGGUAGUCUAGACUGAUUGGAUCAAUUUAUAAAGGCUGAGUAAAAAUAAGUGAAUCAUGAGGCGAGUUAUCGAAGCUCCUAAAUGGGCCAUUUACCUGAAUGUAAUCCUUCUUCACAGUAUGUUGUUUGCUUUCAUACAAAAUCUGAAUCGGGAUGAAAGUAGAUGUAGUUGUUGGACCCUUGCAAAUAAAAUUAUAUGUAACUGUAAAGUGCUUGUGAUGUACCAGACCUGGCUUUGGCAGAAGUCGGCUAUCUGUCAUGACACAUAUUUCUGCUUGUGAUAAAAUGAAAUAAAUUUCUUUGUGUAAUGUAAAUAAAUAAAAACAAUAUGUUAAAGCCACA